CGGCUCGUUGACCAACUGGACAGCAGGACCAUGGGCAAGGGAGGAGAAGGAGCUCGCAAGUGCCCGUUCGAUGGCGAUGCCGCCAAGAAGGGUCUACCGUCGGGGAUGUCCGCCGAGACGAUCGCGACAGUCGACGCCACGGCCGGCGCGGUCGCUCCCUUCGCGCUCGACAUCACCAAAGACUUUUACGGCGACAUGAUUGCGUCGCUGCCGUCCGUCGUCCUCACCGUCUUCAACCCGGCGCACAACGUUCCCAUCUCGACGCACCAGCCCGAGGCGCUGGCGGCUUCAGUCUGCGCGUACGCCACCAACAUCAAGGACCUGUCGCCGCUCCUCGUGCCUGGCGGCGCCGUCGACGCGAUCAACCACCGGCACUGCGCGCUCAACAUCCAGCCGGCCCACUACCUCCCCGUGCACGACCACCUGAUGGGGUCCAUUGCGCAUGUGCUCGGCCCGAAGCUCGGGGACGCGCUCACGCCAGAGGUGGCUGGCGCGUGGAGCGAGGCCGUCCGCUUCCUGGCAAAGGUCUGCAUCGACAAGGAGGAGGCGCUGUACGCCGAGUACGAGAAGCGGCCGGGCGGGUGGCGGGGGCUGAAAGACUUCACCGUCACCGAGAUCGCCGACGUGGCGACAGGCAUCAAGAGCUUCAAGUUCGAGCCCGUGAACCCGCUCACUUCCGGCUUCGCCUUCGAGGCCGGCCAGUACCUCACCGUCAAGGUGGACCCGAACGGGGACGGCCUCACCGCGCCGCGCCACUACACGGCCACCUCGCCGCCUGGGGCAAAGUACCUGCAGUGCACGACCAAGAAGGUGGCGGGCGGCGUGGUCUCGACGUACAUGCACGAGACGCUCAAGGUCGGUGACACCGUCAAGCUGACGCCUCCCUAUGGCGUCUUCACCCUCGACGACGCGGCGCCGACCGCCGUCUUGCUCAGCGCCGGCAUCGGCGUCACGCCGAUGAUCAACUUUGCGCGCGCGCUCGGUGGCAAGGUUGCGCUGGCGGUGCACGUCGACAAGUCGGCCAAGGCGCACGCGCUCAAGGGCGAGUUCGAGUCGCUCCUCGGCAAGAAGAAGCUUCUCUGCAAGUACACUGACGGGGGCAAGCGGCCGUCGGCGGCGUCGGUCGCCGCCGAGACGAUCUCCAAGGCGGGUACAGAGCACGUCUUUUACAUCUGCGGCCCUCCGGCAUGGAUGAGCGAGAUGCAGGCGGAGCUGCUCAAGCUCGGCGCCAAGAAGGUCAUGUGCGAGGUGUUUGGCUCGCAGCUCGCCACCAGCUGCCCUUUCGCCGCCUCGCCGCCCAAGGCGGAAGAUAACAGCCCUGGCGCCGCAAUCGAGGGUAUGCUCGCUCGCACGGUCGGGCCGUCGCUCGCCCGCACCUUCACGGAGGCGAUGCCGAGCGGCGGAGGCGCAAAGGUUGCGGUGGGGGCGUGUGCGGUCGCCGCCGUCGCCGCCAUCGCUUUCAAGGCCCUCCGCUAGGCUCGCGCGCGCGUUCUCUUUUUGCCGCCCGCCCGCUGAGUGGGGGCGGUCUCUUGUCUCGCCGUGUCGAGCCGUGCCUUCUGUCCAGUGCCUCCCAUCUCCCGUCGACUUGAGCCUUGCGCGCUUCGUCUCGUUGUACACUCCAGGACGCCUCUGAGCUGGUGCGCCCCGAUUCUCCCCUGCCGUCACGCGCAGUCGCAUAGCGAUUAGUAUGCGUCGGGUUGGGCCCGUAGCGUCUGUUUUUGCCAAGGCUUGUGUGUGUGCGUCUGGGAGGGGGUGUACGGUUGGUCUUGUGUGUCUUUUUGAUCUCCCAGUGAGAUUUCG